CAACCAACAUGAGCUGGCUGAUCUCAGCGGGGUUCCUCCUGCUGUCGCUUUGUGCCUUCUCGGACGCCCAGGACACGGUGUCAGCGAUGUGCCACCUGGACGAACUGUGCACCUCGGUGAAGCGUUGCGACGUCUCGGACGAUUCCGGUCGGACGGGAAUCAGGCCACGCAGCUCCCGCUUCUGCGGCAACCAAAGGGUCUGCUGCGAGACGGCCCAGCUGGAGAGCUACGACAGAGCGCAGUCUGAGAGGACCAGAAACGCGCCCUCUGCGAUUCGAGACAAGGUAUCUAGUGUUCUGGAGCCGCCGCCGAACGAGAGCUGCGGCUAUAAUAUGGAGUGUGUGCCCAGGAGACUGUGCCGCGACAACGUCAUCAACGACUCCGGGGUCAGCCUGAUCAAUCCGAGGAUCAGCACGAUUCAGUGCAGCAAGUCCUUGUACCGCUGUUGCGCCGUGGAUCAAAAGGUGGAUGAUAGCCAGAGUCCCUACGUGGCGAAGCAGGCGAACUUUAUAUACAAGAACUGUGGCUAUAGCAAUCCAAAAGGUCUGAUCCCCGACAACGACAAGUUCCCCUACGCAGAGGACGUCUCUAUAUUCGGAGAGUUUCCCUGGAUGGUGGGCAUCUUCACAGGCCGCCAAGAGUUUCUGUGCGGCGGCACUCUCAUCCAUCCGCGGCUGGUAGUUACUACUUCGCACAACCUAGUCAACGAGACGGUGGACACCUUGGUGGCUAGAGCUGGCGACUGGGACCUAAACAGCCUGAACGAGCCGUAUCCGCACCAGGGCAGCCGCAUUAAGGAAAUCAUCAUGCACUCCGAAUUCAAUCCGGACUCGUUGUACAACGACAUAGCACUGUUGCUCCUGGACGAACCCAUCCGUCUGGCUCCGCACAUCCAGCCUCUGUGCCUGCCGCCUCCGGAAUCUCCGGAGUUGGUCAAGCGGCUGCUCUCGGUCACCUGUUACGCCACUGGUUGGGGCUCCAAGGAGGCGGGCAGCGACAAGCUGGAGCAUGUGCUCAAGCGGAUUAACCUGCCACUGGUGGAGCGGGAAGAGUGUCAGGCGAAGCUGCGGAACACACGACUCGAGGCUCGCUUCCGUCUACGACCGAGCUUCAUCUGCGCCGGCGGAGAUCCUGGCAAGGACACCUGCAAGGGCGACGGCGGCUCACCGCUCUUCUGCCAAAUGCCUGGCGAAAUGGAUCGGUAUCAGCUGGUGGGCAUCGUGUCCUGGGGCGUCGAGUGCGCCGUGGAAGAUAUCCCAGCCGUAUACGUCAACGUUCCCUAUCUGCGCGACUGGAUUGACGAGAAGAUCAGAGGGCUGGGAAUCGUGCUUCAGGCGCAGUAAGCUCAAGCCCCACGGUGCUGAGAAAUAAGGUCGUUUUAUAAUUUCGAAAUUAACCAAAUAAAAACCAAACUUGAUGUGUGUAA